AAAAAAAUUCUGUUGAUUUUGGAUCUCAAGUAUCUUUACUAGAUCCAACAUUCAAUGACUAUAAUAUUGACUCUGCCUCAACAUCAUUUGUACUAACAUCUGUCUCUGACUUGGAUACUGUCUUGAUUAACAGCUCAACUACUAAUAAAACUACUAAUAGAGCCAUCAGCCAAACUUACAGUGAAACCUCCAGUCAACUUGCAUUAUCAAAGUAUACAUCUGCUGUAUGGAACAGUUUUUCAAAAGUAAUUAAUGAAAAAAAUGAAGAAAAAGCCCAAUAUGGUUUAAAAAAAAUCACCAAAGCUAUUGGAAAGAUUCGUAGUUGCAUUAAAGCAAUACAUACAUCACCAAAAAGAUGUCAAAUGUUUUUGGAUAUUUGUAAAUCUGAAUCUCUAAAACCUGUAGUUCCGCUAUUAGACUGUGAUACACGAUUUGAAGAUAUAUAUCUUUGUACGUAUUCCUCAACUGUUGAUCGUGAUAAUGAAGUUGCUAUUAAUAUUCAAAAUGAUGUAUUAAUGUUUGAAAACCACAUUGAUUAUUUCUUCAAAUAUGCUGCAAAGCAGACUUGGAAGCAUAAUAUAGAGAGAUUUCCUAAUCUAUCAGCAAUGGCGCAGGAUUUUCUUGCAAUACCUGCUUCAAGCGUUGCAUUAGAACAGAUAUUUAGCUGUGCAGGUCGUAUUAUUGACGAUAGUCGUACUUUAUUAGACCCAGAUACAAUAGCAGCAUUUAAUGUGCCAAAGAAAUUGGUUAGAUAUGGCAGAUAA